AUGAAUGGAAAUAAAAUUGGUUCUUCUUCAGAAAAUGCUAAUAAUUAUGCAAUUUCAGCCCCAUAUAUAAAUAAUUUCCAUAAUGUUGACAAAAUUAAAUUUCAUGUUCCAACAUUGUUUAACUCCUUUUAUGUAGACAAUUUAGAAGCAAAUACUGUCUAUAAAUUUACAAUUCGGGCAGUGUAUUCUGAUGGAGAAUCUGAAGAUAGUGUUACUCUUACUGCAAAAACUGCUCAAAAUUAUGGAAAAGUUAUUGAUAUUACUGAGAAAGGUGCUAAUGGAGACGGAAAAACGAUAAAUACUGAUGCUAUCCAGGGAGCUAUAAAUGAUUGUGGGCAAACCUCUUCUGCUUUUGACUGUAAAGUUUUAGUCCCAGAGGGUACUUUCAUUUCUGGGGCUUUAUUUAUACAAGCACCAUUAACGUUGGAAUUGGCUGAAGGGGCUAUUUUACAAGGAUCGGGUGAAAGUGGCGAUUUUCCUAAAAAUAGAGGAAGAUCUGGCAAACCUCCAUCUCUUCUUAAUGUUAUAGACAAACCAGUAACAAAUCUUCGGAUUACUGGAAAGGGAUCAUUUAAUGGUAAUGGCUGGGAAACUGACCAAGUUCUGGAAGAUGAAGUUGGAAAUGAUAUGCCUAUAUAUUCUAAAGGAAAUUCAAAUGAUUAUAGCAAAGGAAUUCUUGCAAAAAGCCAAUUAUCUGGAGGAGGUUCCUUCCAAAGUUCUCGUUCUUCUUUAGCUUCUUUUUAUCGUGUAACAAAUUUAUUUAUUGGAGGCAAUUUAACAUUCAAAAAUCCUUCUUUUCAUGGAUUGGAGUUUGAUUAUAGCAGUAACAUUGUAGGUUUAUUUUGGCGGGUAAUUGAGGGUGUUUUGGGUUUUUGUGUUUUGAUAAGCGCUAGAUACAUUAGGAUAUCCCACCACCGAUUGGGAUUCGUUUUAAAAGAAAUCUUAAAGGCUAUAAUUAACAACCGAGUACUAACAUAUGCCGUAACUAAUGGAGAUGGAAUUGAUCUUGGCGGUUGCUCCAAUGUCCAAAUACUUAAUAAUUUAUUGGAUACUGGAGAUGAUGCGUUUGCCUUAUCUGCAGGUGCUGGUCGUACCGGCGAAAAUGGAAACCCAACAGAAUGUAUACUCAUAAGAAACAAUUAUAUUAGACACAGUCAUGGAGCACCGUCAGCUGGAAGUCAUACAGCUGCUUGGAUAAAAAAUUUACUCGUUGAGUACAAUGUAAUAGUCUCAGCAUCAAAUGGUAUUCGUUGUAAAAGUAGCCCGCCAAUGGGUGGAGGUGUAAUGAAUGCUGUAUUUAGAAAUAUUGCAAUGUUAAAUGUAGGAAGUAAAAAUACAGCAAAUUUAGGAAAUAUUCAAUUAGAUGGAAUAACAGAAGAAGGAAGUGCUAUAAUUUUAACAUUAAAUUAUUUGGAUGAAACAAGUGAUUUAAAAUUCCAAAAAGCAGUAAAUUCAGCAAAUUUUGAAGAAAUUGAAUUUAGUGAAAUAACAAUAGAUAAUGUUAAUAAAGGAAAUUCUGGACCUUCAAUUUUAAUGGAGGGAUAUGAUAAAAGCCAGACUAAUUAUCCAAAAACUUAUUUAAAAAAUAUUGUAAGUUUAUUUUAA